CGGCGCGCUCCCGGCGCCCGCCGCAGCCGCAGCGACCCUCGCGGCCGCUCUAGGCCACCCUCCCUCGCCAGUGCGGAACCGCGGGAGGGGGGGCAAUGGAGAUGAAGAAGCGCAUCAACCUGGAGUUGCGGAACCGGGCCCCCGAGAAGGUGACAGAGUUGGUGCUCGAUAACUGCCGCUCCAGCAACGGCGAGAUCGAAGGGCUCAACGACUCGUUCAAGGAGCUCCAGUUCCUCAGCAUGGCCAACGUGGAGCUGACAUCCCUGGCCAAGCUGCCCACGCUGAGCAAGCUCCGGAAGCUGGAGUUGAGCGACAAUGUCAUUUCUGGAGGCCUGGAGGUCCUUGCAGAGAGAUGUCCUAAUCUCACAUAUCUAAAUCUAAGUGGCAACAAAAUCAAAGAUCUUGGCACUGUGGAAGCUCUUCAAAAUCUGAAGAAUUUGAAGAGUCUUGACCUGUUCAACUGUGAGAUUACAAACCUUGAGGACUACAGGGACAGCAUCUUUGAGCUGCUCCAGCAGAUCACAUACCUGGAUGGGUUUGAUCAGGAGGACAACGAGGCACCAGACUCGGAAGAUGAUGAUGAUGAGGGGGAUGAAGAUGAUGAUGAUGAUGAGAAUGAAGCUGGGCCUCCAGGAGAAUAUGAAGAAGAUGAUGAUGAAGAUGAUGGAGCUUCAGAUUUGGGUGAAGGUGAAGAGGAGGAGGAAGUUGGUCUUUCAUACCUGAUGAAAGAAGAAAUUCAGGAUGAAGAGGAUGAUGAUGACUACGUUGAAGGAGGUGAUGAGGAGGAAGAAGCAGAGGGAGUCCGAGGCGAGAAGAGGAAACGAGAGCCCGAGGAUGAAGGCGAGGAAGAGGAGGAUUAACUUGCAGGACCAGACUCUCCAGUUGAGGAAGACGCAAUAGUGAUUAUGCAGCUCUGUAUGUCCAUGUACCAUAGAUGUCCUGACAGAAAUCCUAUGUUAACUUUUUAUAGCAGAAGUGUGGUUUUACUAUUCCUGCCCCUUUUAUCAUUCCAGAUAAGCUCUGAUAGCCCAUAGGGAACCUUCUGUAGAGAACAAUUUUCAGCCCUAUAAUCACUGAAGCCGUUGGCAAAUUCCCCCCACCAGACUUUUCUUUGGAGCUCUUUCAUUUCAUACAAUCUUGCUGUGUUGGUCAUUGUUAGCCCUGAAUCCAACCCCAUGUCCCAUGGGUUUAAUAUUGGGAGUUUUCAUUCAGAAUUUUCAAGUUUUUAUGCUUAAAAGGCUGAACUGAAAAGUGCUGUACAGCGAAUUCCCCACUCUCUGUUAAAUCAGUUGACUCUAGGCCAAGUUUUCCAUGGAUUCAACUGGAAACCCCUAACUAGAUGACACCCAUGUUUGUUUUUUUAAAAGGUGACUCCUGUGAUUUUUUUUUUCCUGUGUUGUUUUUUUUUUUUUUUUUUUUGAAGGCUCCUCUCUAUUUUGGGUAUUCCAGGGUAAAGCCUCAGUGGGUUUCAGAAGAUGUUUUUGUUUUCCUGCUUGCUCCAAUGUUCAGUGUUUGGAGUAUCCACUAGAUUCCUUCAGGAGUGUAUUUUGGCAAACUGAAAGAGUUGUGAUCCUUACAGGGUUGCAAUCCAUAAAUUUUCCCCCAAGUCCAUUGUCACUGCAGGUAUUAACAAAGCAAUUAAUGUGUAGUUUUAAACCUUUUUGCCAGAAGUCUUUGUUAAACUUUCACUCACUUUGCUCUUGCAUUGUCAUUCUGGGAAUUCUGCACCACUCAUGGCUAUAAAAUGUAUAAAAUAGAUGAAAUAUGCAUUUCUGAUGCAGAAGUGAACGGGUAACUCCUCCAAGCGUGUUGUUUUCCACCCCCCAGCUUUUCUAGAACUGUUGAAGGGAAGAAUUGAACCCAGGUUGGCCUUUCUCUGCACUUCACCUCUUCAACUGUUUAAAUCUGGAUGUAAAACACUCGGUUUGUGUGUAACAGUUGGGAAUAUUUGGGGGUUUAUAUUGAGUGGCUGCAGAGAGAGCAUGAGGGAUGUGCAGAGAGGCUUUUGUAAUUCCUAAUAGCAGCCUUUAUAAUCCCUAAUCUGCCCCAGUCUAUCAUCCUUUCCUGUUGGAAACAAAUUUUCACUUCCAGCAUUCCUCCUUCAGGCGUGACCUGGGUCUCACACGGCAGUGGUGGUGUCACACUGACUGACAUCAGUCUCACACAGGUCCUGAACCAAAUAUCACACACAGCUUUAUUGCAGAGACGUGUUUUUGUAUCUGUCCUGGCUGCCAGAAACUGGGGAGAGCCUGCAGGUGGGAGGAGGGAGAUCCCUGGGUCUGAGAGAGUCAGUCCCUCGUCACCUGGUUCCCCGGGGGAUGUUCCUGUAGGAAUUUCAGUGUGACCUCCAGCUCUUGGGUGGAGUUUAGAUCAUGCAGGGUUGAAGUUCUGCAAAGCCCCACUCACUCCCUGUGUGUGUGGUUUUAUUUCCCCUCACAACUAGAGCCUUAACUCUGGGUUUUUUCCUGAACCUUCCCAGCCUCAAAAGCAGAGUCUGGUGGUGCACUGGGGGACAACUGACUCCUUGGGCUUUGUGCUUUUUAAAGGAUAUCUCUAAAGACACUAGAAAAGCUGUGGUGAAACUUCCUUUGCAGCCACAACCAAGUGCUGUGUUUGUGAUGAUGAGUCCUGGCUGGGUCAGUGCAUGGUUGUCAUGUCCUGAAGGCUCUGGGUGAGGCACUCACUCCGUGCUCAGCUUUGAGAGAAAGAAAAAUGUUUUUCCCAUCCUUUUGCUUCUUGUCCUUAGAUUGAAACUUGUUAUUUAUAAGUGUGUAUGUUAGAGCACCUCCAUGUCAGGGUUUUACUUAACUGUUACUGAUGCAGAUAAAAUUAGUUUUAAAUGGAAGAAGAAGAAGAAAAAAAAAAAAAGAGUCUAUUUUGAUGGAUUAAAAUAAUGUGGGUAGUGGGCUUGUUUGGGUAAGCAAGACCAGAGCUCUGAGGGGUGACAGCCCUUUUCUAGGCCAGACUUCCCACUCCCCAAACAGCCACAGUUCCACCACGUGGAACCUGAGCCCCUCACGAACCCCAGAAUCUGUCCCAGUGUCACCGUCCCCGUCCCGUGUCCUCCGCUCGGCAUGCAGCAACAGCGUUUUUUAACGAGGAAUUCAGAGCCUCCAGAUAACUUUUGAAACUUUUUUGCUUGGUGGGUGGUCUUUUCAUGCAAAUACGUCAGGGUGGGUUUUAUAUUUUGUAGAGGUUUUGUCCUAUUUUAAUGCUCUUUGUAUGGCAGUCUGUAUAUAGUGUGGUUUGGUUCCUUCUCCGACUCUUUCCUGAAACUUUGGAGUAACUGAUUUUGUGCAACUGUGUUUUGAAUAAAGCCAUGACAGUGUUAAAUUAAAGACAACAGCCCUGCAGCACUCUUCUGGUAACUUUUAGUUGUAACAAAACAUGUUUCCUCCCCAUGUGUGCUGUAAAUUUUAAAUUAAAAAGUUUUCAAACCGAAUUAUUUCAAAUAAAUUGAGACUAUUGUAUUGGA